AUGGCGGCAAUGCCUAAUCUUGCGAAUACCAUGGAGGCGAAUGCUGCUGCGACUCUGCAAGCUGUGCAGAGGUUAGGUCAACCAGAUGAAAACGGAAAUGGUGGUUGCUUCAACUGGGGAUUGCCUGGUCACAUUGAGAGAGAUUGUACUUGUGGGAAGAAGACUCAGAAUGCGGGCCAGAACCAACAAGGUCGGGUGUUUGCUGUAAACGCCCAGGAUGCGGCGAAGGCGGAUCCUCUGAUGGGAGGUAUAUGCUUAAUUGGUGAUAAAACAUUAGUUGCAUUAUAUGAUACUGGAGCUUCGUAUUCUUUUAUUUCAUUUGAUAAGGUUGAGGAAUUAGGAUUGAAGGUGUCAGAGUUAGCAUUUGAUUUACAUGUGCAUACCCCGUAUCAGACAGUUAUGACUAAGUCAGGUUGUAGGCAAGUAGGUUUCAAGCUUGAGAAUAGAGAAUUUAUCCAUGACUUAAUUUGUUUGCCAAUGGUUGGGUUGGAGAUGAUUUUGAGGUUUGACUGGAUGUCCAAGAAUCGAGUUUUGUUGGAUUGCUUUGAGCGAUCUAUUCAGUUUAUGCUGGAAGGAGAAGGAGGAGCAGUGUGGGAAGAGUGUCAGGGUUAUAUAUUGUUGGCUGCUAAUGCUUUGGGUGACGCACAGAACUUAUAUCAGAUUUUGGUAGUUAGAGACUUUCCAGAAGUAUUCCGGGAAGAUAUUCCUGAAUUCCCACCUCAAAGGGAAAUUGAAUUUGAGAUUGACUUGGUGUUGGUAGCCGGACCAGUGUUGAUUGCGCCGUAUCGAAUGGCUCCGAUAGAGCUGGCCGAACUAAAGGCUCGGUUGGAAGAGCUUCUGAACAAGAGGUUCAUUCAACCGAGUGUAUCUCCAUAG